GUGUAAGGGGGUCUCCUUUCAGCACACGCAGACGGCAGGGAACAGCUGCGGUGAAUAGAUCGUAAGCACGCCACCUUACACCUUGCGCAGUGUUUCUAACUUAGUCAUUUUUAAAAAAUAUAUAUUUUAGUUAAAAAUGGUAGAUCGCGAGCAACUUGUGCAGAAGGCAAGGUUAGCCGAACAAGCGGAGAGAUAUGACGAUAUGGCAUCUGCUAUGAAAUCGGUAACAGAGUUAAACGAACCACUUUCCAAUGAGGAAAGAAACCUGUUAUCAGUAGCUUACAAGAAUGUAGUUGGUGCAAGACGUUCUUCAUGGCGGGUGAUAAGCAGUAUAGAGCAGAAGACGUCUGCAGAUGGCAAUGAAAAGAAAAUUGAGAUGGUACGGGCGUAUCGGGAGAAGAUAGAGAAGGAGCUGGAAGCUGUUUGCCAGGAUGUUCUUCACCUGCUAGGCGACUUCUUGAUCAGAAACUGCGUUGAUGCUCAGCAUGAAAGCAAGGUCUUCUAUUUGAAGAUGAAAGGUGAUUACUACCGUUAUCUUGCUGAGGUUGCCACUGGAGAAAAGAGGGCUACAGUAGUGGAAUCCUCAGAAAAAGCUUAUAAGGAGGCUCAUGAAAUUAGUAAAGAACAUAUGCAGCCAACCCACCCCAUCCGACUUGGGCUAGCAUUAAAUUACUCUGUGUUCUACUAUGAGAUCCAGAAUGCACCGGAGCAAGCCUGUGAGCUUGCCAAAUUGGCAUUUGAUGAGGCCAUAGCCGAGUUGGAUACUUUGAACGAGGAUUCGUACAAGGACUCUACACUGAUUAUGCAGCUGCUUCGUGACAACUUAACACUCUGGACAAGUGACCAGCAAGAUGACGAUGGUGGAGAAGGUAACAAUUAGACUGACCACUGCAGCCGAUGCUACUACCGCAGUCUUUUUUUCCACAAAGGGUGGGGAAACUUUCCAGUUUCCUCUGAUUGCCUCUUCGACAUUUGCCAAAACACCACUAGCGGAAAGUCAGACUGGCUGUGCUGGUAUGGAAUGGCAGCCUCACACUGGCAUAUGGACUGUUCUGUAGUUUAAUAAUAAGUGGAGCUGUUUAUUUAACUUAAAGCUAGAACUAAAGUAAAAACUUGAACAUGCUAGCCUUACAAAAUAGGACUGUGGUUCCAGUAAAAUAUUGUAGUAUUGCUUGCCCAGUUUUCCAGAUAGUCACCUUUUCAUGUGCUGUUAAAGUUGAAUGGACUUGAGUGUGCAAAACUUCCUCAGCCUGUGCUUAAUUUUGUUUGGGGUUAAGGGUACAUUUGACAGGACAUUUACCUCAAUUUUUCAUUCAGCUUUUUGAAAGAGUGCACUUGCGUAUAACAGUGUGACAGUGCAUUAACAAAAUGGCGGUGGCAGUUAAAUGUAAGUGGAGUGGUUGUAACCCUUAAAGAAUUUAGUUGGCACUUUUGUUUGUAGCAAAGGGGGGGAAAAAACAGAUUUCAGCUUUCUUCUUUUUUGCCAAUUUCCUCAUAUUUCACUGUCCUUUUGGUACUGCACAGCCUGGCUAGUAAAAAAAAAAAUGGAGGAAUGCUGCAUUUUAAUGUUUAAAACUUCAGCUUCCGCAUUCUAGAAGUUUGUUCAGAUGUGUAGCCUUAUUGGCUUAACCAUUUUAAAAGAAUUACUGGAACUACAGUGUCAUUUUGUUUGGCCUCCAUUAACGAUGGAUGUUGUAAAAGGGUAUAAAAAAAUGGGAAAUGGUCUCUAAGCAGCUUCAGUGUUUUUUUUUUAUUUUUAUGAAAUGCACUUGCCUAUGAUAACUGUCUCUCUCCAGUGUACCAUGAUUCCUGCUCCAUUAUUCUGAGGAUACAAUAUUGUGCAUGCUGGUGAUGUAUUUAUAAACAGUAGCCUGACUUUAUUAAAUUAUACUGUAGAUGUUAUGUAUACCUAUGACAAAAUACCUAGUCUUCAAAUUAAUUUUGCUAAAGUACGCUCAACCAAAUGGUGAUCGUAACAAAUUAUCUGUUAUGGACGUUGCUAUAGUGACAUGCGAUUGUAUAUGAUUUGUUUAAAAAAACAAAAAAACAUAAAAAAAAAAAACACCAGUGUUAGCUUAAUCUUUACUGUCUGGUGUUUGUCAUGGUGAAAUUAUAAUUAUUACAGUGUAGAAGAUUGUUUUUGGACUGAGCCUUUCUGUUUGUGCUUUUUGUCGUUAUUGCAGUGAACUACUUAAGGUCUCAGACAGUGAUUACUUUCUCCAGCAGUGUUUCUGUAAGGAAUCAUUUUUCACACUGGCCAUUUCUUAGCUGUUUUUCCUCAGUGAUGGAAUAUCUUUAAUGUGAGUCAUUAUGUAGCAGUCGCACAUGAGCAAAUAAACUUGCAGCUAUGGUUUCAUUGAUA